AUGAACGACAUCGCGCUCCAGACCAAGAUCUGUGCCGAGACUUCGAAGUCGGGGUAUCAAAUAUACUGUAAUUCACCCCCGGCGGCGGCGGGGACCGGCGGCGGCCCCGACGGCGGGUCGCUGGCCGGGGGCGGCGAGGCUUUUGGGGACCGGUCCCUCAGCCAGGGCUUGAGCGUGGUGGUGGGGCUGGCGCUGUGCGUGACCAUGCUGGGGCUGGGCUGCGCCGUGGAGCUGGGGCAGCUGGGCCAGCAGCUGAGGCGCCCCGUGGGGCUGCUGCUAGCCCUGCUGGGGCAGUUCGUGGCCAUGCCGCUGCUGGCCUUCCUCCUCGCCCUCAUCUUCGCCCUGGACGAGGUGGCGGCCGUGGCCGUGCUGCUGUGCGGCUGCUGCCCCGGGGGCAACCUCUCCAACCUCAUGUCGGUGCUCGUCGACGGGGACAUGAACCUCAGCAUUAUCAUGACGGCCUCCUCCACGCUCCUGGCCCUCUUCCUGAUGCCCCUCUGCCUCUGGAUCUACAGCCGGCACUGGAUCGACACGGCGCUGGUGCGGCUGCUGCCCCUGGGGGCGGUGAGCCUGACGCUGGGCAGCACCCUCCUGCCCAUCGGCCUGGGGGUGCUCAUCCGGUACCGGCACCCCCGCGCCGCCGACCUCAUGGUUAAGAUUUCCCUCUGGUCACUCUUGGUGACCCUGGUGAUCCUGUUCAUCCUGACUGGGACCAUGCUGGGCCCGGAUCUGCUGGCACAUAUCCCCGCCUCCGUCUACGCCAUUGCGGUGCUGAUGCCUCUAGCGGGGUACGCCUUGGGAUACGGCUUAGCCACCCUCUUUAAAAUGCCCCCGCACUGCAGGAGAACAGUGUCUCUGGAAACAGGGUGCCAAAACGUCCAGCUCUGCACCGCCAUCCUCAAACUCACCUUCCCCCCGGAGCUCAUAGGGAGCAUGUACAUGUUCCCCUUGCUUUACGCGCUUUUUCAGUCGGCCGAAGCGGGACUCUUUGUGCUGGCGUACAAGAUGUACGGCAGAGACAGCUACAAACAAGACACGCUGGGGGAGGAGGAAGACACGGAUAUUUCCUACAAGAAACUGAAAGAAGAGGAGGUGGCCGACACAUCGUACGGCACGGUGACGGCGGAGGGGCACGGCUCCGUCCCGGCGGAGACGACGCAGACGGCGCUGUAAGCCAGACAGGGAGGUGACACCCAAGGACGGGUGAUGUGUGUUGUACUUGCCACCAGGCUGGGGCGAGCGGAGCUGCCCGGCCUCCAUCCUUCCUCCAGCCACUCCCAUUGUACAAGGUGAUGUGUGUUUAUUACCGUGACAGUUGUAUUUCCUCAAAAAUACAUUAAAAAAACCAAAAAAACAACCAAGGAAAAAAUAUCACUGCGACGCAGAUAACCGUACACCUUCACGCAAGGAGGCUGCUGUCCCAGGAAGGGGCAGGAGGAAGGAGAGGAGUGUUUUGCAGAGGUGUGGACGGACGGACGGACAGACAGACCACCUUGCACGCGCGUGACCUCCGUGCCUCCC